AUGUAUAUGAGACGGGAUACUGGUAAUAGUGCUAGAAUUCGCACAACAUUGGAUAACAAAUGGGUUAUACCAUACAACCCGUACCUAUCAUCAUUGAUUGAUUGUUAUUUAAAAGCAGAAGUGUGUUUCACGAUCCAAGCGGUGAAGUAUCUCAAAAAAUAUGUGUACAAGGCGUUUAAUUUUCGCCAGACAGGCGAAGCACAAAUUGUCGAUGAGAUAAAGCAAUGUCAGUCAGGGAGGUAUAUUUCCCCUUGUGAAGCUAAGCGGAGAAUCUUUGGGUUUGAUCUUUUUGAAAUACAUCCCCUUGUCAUACUACUUCCAGUCCAUUUGCCUAAUAUGCAAACAAUUCAGGGUAGGCCUCAUGAAUGCCUUGAUGUUGUCAUCUCUGAUGACAAGCGCUACUGCACUGCUCUCACAGAAUUUUUUUAG